AACAGAUCAAGUAACACCCGUAGGACAGUGUGACAAUCAACAACCACGCUGAAGACAUGCUGGAGUUGAUACAAUCGACACUGUAACAUUUAACGGUUAUUUAAGUAUCGUCAUUAAAGUCAAGUCUUCGUCAAGUACCUGUUAAAACAAAAUGGUUGGAAAAAUAAAGCGAAUCCGACAGAAGCUGCAUCAGGAUGCUGUUAAAGUUGACCGUUCACAGAGUGGUAUAGAGAAAGCUUUACCUGCUGAAGUAAAGGGACUCGCAUUGCCUGGGAUAAUUAAAGCAUUUGAUUUAAACCAGAGAACAAACAAGAGCGACAAUACUAAAGAAGGGACGUUAAAGAGUUCAUUUCCAGCCGGCAUAUUUGCUGGAACAAAAAUCGCACCUGAGGCGCUCGUGCAGACUCUAAAGUAUGAUGAGCCCCCUGUGUCCACAACACCGGCUAUUCAACCAGCAGGCCAUGGUGAAAAGAAACAGCAGUCCAAGAAAGAGAAGAUGAAGGAGAGAAGAGAACGGUGGCUUAACAAGAUCAGUGCCAUCAAAGUUGCCAAAGAGCAGCAGGUUGCGCUGGUUCGAAGGAAAGCUACGCCCGUGGUGGGGGACAUGCGCACGCUAGUCGACGCCCUGCCAGAACUCUCCCAGCUCACCGCCAAGCCCUCCGCUGCCACCCGCACCAAGGCCAAGGCUCAAGUGAAGAAGCGACCUGGCUCCGUGAACCUCAGUAAGAUGAAGCCAGCACAGAAGAGGAAACUUGUGGAGACUGAGAUGGCGUGGUUCAGCCAAGCCCUGAAGAACCCCACCCUGAAAUCCAACCCCCUGGCGGCCAUCACCGAUCACCUGAGGAAACGCUUGAAACAGGAAGAGGAGCAGAGCUAGCCCCACCCACUCCGGGAUCCUCUCGUCUGAUUGGACACUAAGACACAGACUGUUGUCUAUCUGUCCCCUGUUCUAGUCCCCCACACCUGUACCCUAACCUGUGGUCCCCCCCCCCCCCCCCCCCCCCCCCAUCAGGUCCCUUGCCCUCCUAUGAGUGGAGUGUGACGACUGUGAUCUCGGUUUGGUGUAAACAAGAACGAAUGGAAGGUGGUAUGACAGGGUCAGCUUGGUCUGAACUGCUUGGUUUGGAGAGCAAAUGAAUCUCUUUUUUUAUGUGAGUGGUUAUAAACUCCCCCCUUGUCAUGCUUUUGCCUCUGUUAAUUAAAGUCAAGUCGUUCAGUCCUUGCCGAAUAUUAAAAAGUGAAAGCCAUCCAAAGGUCA